UUUUAGAUAAGGUUGCAUAUGUUAAGAAAUUACAUGUGAGCUAAUGGUAAUUGCAUUCUGUUAUUAUUGCUUUAGGGUCUUACACAUACUGGCUGUGGCAGAACUCCAAAUUUCCCUGCACAUUCUAGAUCUACAAGCAUAGCUUCUUGCUGCUGCGAGAGAGCUACUAUUGACAACUGUUAAAUGGUACCAAAGAAGUUGUAGCUACCUGACAUAAAGUGCUGACAUGUACAGGCUACCUGGCGAUGAAAAUUUGCUUACAAUAUUUCUCAGAUUCCCUUUUAUUUUUGUCUCAUGCUGCAGUAAAGAAUAUGCCUGAAAGCGUUCUGCAUCGUGUCUCUGGCUAGUUCAACAGAAAUUCGUGUCUCAUCCCCCAAGCACACAGACUGGAUCUGCUGGACGACUUUGUCAGCUUAAUACGAGUGCCUGUCGAAUUGCAGCCUCCAGUGGGAAACGUUUAAGUGUGAUUAUGUUGGUUGUAAGUACCUGCCCGUGAAAGCGCAGAAACUUGGCAGUUGGUCUAAGGGUGUAUGAGGUACAUUUCUGUCUCUGUCCUCGAAGACCGUUCUUUUCUCCCUUUGACUCCGUGUUCCUCGCGAAAGAGACAAUCAAAUUUCGACAUCGCCAUCGUUCAAGCAACCUCGGAAGGAUUUGGUACUAACCCCUCCUCCCCUCGUUCUGUCUCUCUCCUAUUCCUUCCCGAUCCACAUCUCUCAUUGCUCGUUCCCGCUCAGCGGCGCUGCCCCCGCCCCGCCCGCAAGCCCAUCGCGCCCGUCCCUCUCGGGCCCUGAAGCCCCCGGGCAGCUGCGAACGAGCCCCGCCCCUUCUCCCUGCUUGUUCCAGCAUUGCGUGCCGAAAUUCCAUUUCCGCCUUUGAAGGAGUGUUCGCCGAGCGGGGCAGACCGCUUCUGUGCUUCUGUGCGGCGGCUGCCCCGGGCCCCGCUGAGCUCCUGCCCGGGAGAACGGGCCGUGCCCGGCGGCGCCGGGCUGGGGCCCGCCGGGAGGCACAGGGAAUUCUCGAAGAGGAGAGGCGGCGGCGGGCGGGGAGAGCAUCGGGCGUCUGGCGCUAGCCGCUCUCGGGCGUCCCUGCCCGCGCAGCCUGCGCUACGCGGACACCAUGGCCGGCGAGAUCGAGGAUCUGAACGGUCGGGAGGCGCAGACGGUCUGCGACGGCCUGGGACGCUACGAGGACACGCUGCGGGGCGCCGUCCGGGAGAUCCAUGUGGACAUCCAGUUGUUCAAGCAGGGGGUAGGCCGGCAGGUGGAGGAGGUGCUGCGCCUCGCCAGCCCGCUGGCACACGCUGUCUCUGAGCUGCAGCAGGAGAACCGGCGCCUGCGGGUGCAGCUGGAGCGCCUGUCUCGGCAGGUGGAGGCCCUGGGCCGCUCGGCGGGGUUACCGCACGAGUGGGUGAACGAGGCGGCGGAGAGCCCUCGGGCCGGCUCGCCCCGGCGAGGUUCGGCCAGCGGCUCAUUCUCCAGUCAUGCCAAGCUGGCGGUCACUGGCCGGAGCCAAAGCGUAGACCUGGAUGAGCACCAGAAACCUGAGUUUAGAAGAGUUUUUAGUUCUUCCAACAUUGAAAAUGGGCAUCGAUCUUCAGCAUCAGGUCAGGCAAAAGUUGCCCGUGAAGUGACCUGUUUUCAGAUGUCAGAAUCAUCUUCCCCUGAAGCCCAUGCCCCUGUAGUCACCUUACAGAUGCCCCACCUUCCUGUUACUGCAGUAACCAGGACACUUGAGAAGUUUUCAGGAGAGAACAUCUGUCCAACAGGAACAGCUAAUACAUCUUGCCUGCUGGGGCAGGGCAAGAGCACAAAUACAAUGGGAGUAAAAUCUUCCAACCAGCCAGAGAAUGCUACUUCUGUCACCAAGUCUAUUUCAGCUGUGAACUACGGGCUGCGUAGUGGAGCCAAAACUGGUGAAAGUGCCAUUGACAGUUACUGUGAGGUGAGCCCCAGCUCUCACUCACCUCCUCCUGCUGUACAUCACCAAGUUGAAAGGAGGCGAGAACUGGUGCGGUCUCAGACGCUCCCACGGAUUACAGGAACGCAGGCCAGGAAAACACUUUUUGAGAAACUUGAACAUGAGGAUGGAAAAGGAAAAGGAGAAUCCAGAGCUAAGCUAAAGCGGUCGCUGAGUUUUGGGGUUGCCAGUGCUAGCAGCAUUAAACAAAUUCUGUUAGACUGGUGUCGCUCAAAAACCAUAGGAUACAAGCACAUUGAUCUCCAGAACUUCUCCUCAAGCUGGAAUGAUGGGAUGGCAUUCUGCGCUCUUGUGCAUUCUUUCUUUCCUGAAGCUUUUGAUUAUAAUAAGCUUGACCCAGCUAAUCGCAAGCAGAACUUUGAGCUGGCCUUCACAACGGCCGAGAAAAUGGCUCACUGUGACCGUCUGAUAGAAGUGGAAGACAUGAUGGUAAUGGGUCACAAGCCCGAUCCCAUGUGUGUCUUCACCUAUGUGCAGUCACUGUACAGUCAUCUACGACAUUUUGAGUAAAACCAUCAACACCUCUCCAGCCAGAAGGGUCAAGUACAGCAUGGGAAGAGUGACAUUUUGCAAAUAGAACACAGUAUUAUUUCUUGCUUUUUACUGUCCCUUUGCUUACAUUCAGCUGUGUGGAUGGCUGACUGAAGUAUUGCUGAGCAGUGCCCUGAAGUGUUGAUCACAUCACUAUGUCAGUAAUACAGAAAUAAGUUUGAAAAAGACAAAAAUACAUUGUUAAAGGCAAAUACUGUCAUUUUGGUGCUAGUAGUAGAUUGGACUUUUAAAUGUUUAAAGAUCACAGGAAGCAAAUUUGCUUCUCCUGUCUCUGUAAGACUGGGGACAAUUUUAUGCAGCAAUUCUGCUAUGAAGGUCCAUCUUAAAAUGGAGGUAGAACUCCAGAAGACAGCACGUUCAGUUUCACUUCUCUGUUGAGCAUAGUGCAAAAGAAAUAGCAGAUGAACAAGAAAGAUUCUUUUUAGCAAAUAAUAACCUUGAGUACUCAACAAUUAGGGCAAUAAUUCCUCCCCUCCAAACCUACCUGUCCACUCCAGCAUACAUACACAGAGAUCAAACAGGCAUUGUUUUGUUCCCUUAAAGCAUAAAGAGAGCAUAACCUCUUGUCUGAUGAGUGUGAUGACAGACUACUACGUUACAUAAUGGCGUUUGUCUGUCAUGGUCAAAUCUAAUUGCAGUUGCUGACAGGCAUGCUAAAGCCUCUCCCGGCAGUCCUGGAUUAAUUUAUUGAUAGGAAUAGCAAUAGCUGGGACUGUUCUUUAUCUGAGAUUGCGUGCUUGCAGUGUUUAGGAUUGCGCGAAAGGUAGGAACUAGCAAGGUGCAAAAACCUUUGAACAAUUGUAAUAGAAACAAGCCUGUAAUGUGCUUUUACUUGGACUCGAGAAGAGCAGCUCUUCAGUGUGGACAGGAGUGAGCCCUUUACAGUUUGUUCAGUACAGAUGCUGAUUCUGAGGUAGAUGAACAAUACACAAAAAAUAUGGAAGAUGUGUGACUUUUGAAGCAGUUUCAAAAGCCUUGCACUAGUUUCAGUUUUCAGUUAAAUUAGCAUUAAAACCACUGUACAAUUAGAUUAUUCCAGAUUUACUGGACUAAAAAAAGCCUUCUAAAAUUAUUUCUUUCAUAAGAACAGGCUCAUAGAAACUAAAAACUGAAAGCCACUAGUCCUCUGCUCAUGCUUGAUAAUGUUUUUUAACCUGCCCUUGUGCUUUUUGUAGAUAUUUAGAAAGAUGAAUUUGCUUCUGUAUUGAUGACCAGUUAUAAUAAUUUAUGUCAAGCAUUCUUCCGAUUUAUUGCAUCUUUUUAGAAUGAUGUGACAACCAAGCAAAAGCAGUGAAAACCACAGAGAGCUUUUACUUAAAAGGUUUUUGUUCCAGUUGUUAUUCUGUGUGCUCUGAAUUUCAGUUUUAAAAGUACAUAAGUUCAAUUGCAUUUCAAAUAUGAUUUUAGUGCAAUCUCCCUUUCUAAUCAACUUUACUUAAGAAACCAUGAAUUAAGCAACCACUUUGUUAGCAUUAAAGUGCCAUUGCCUUCUGUUUUUUACUUUGUCUUGAAUGAUUAUAAUUCUGAGAAGUAAGUGUGCUCCUGUAGCUCUACCAAAUGUACUGUAAGGAUAAACCCGUUGUACUUACGUUUUGGAGGAGUUUGGAUUAAGCACAAUGAGAAAUCUGUCCAAAACUGGCAUACGCAAUACACUUAUUUACAUUCUUACAGUAGAAUACUUUUUAUUGAGUAGCAAAGGCAAGUUCCAUCAUUACUACCACAAGAGGGGCAAUACUGGCUUAAUACAUCGCAUCCCUUCACAGUCUGAAGUCAUGGAUGAUUUUACUGUGUGAUGUGAGUGCUGAAGACACAGGUAAGUGCUUGGCCAAUUUAGGUCUAAUACUAUAUAAUUAUAUAAAGGAAGUUUUAGAAUGUGAAAUUAUUGCCAGUUCACCAGGGUGAAUCUACAUACUUUCCGUAAUUUAUCUUGUUUUUGCAGCUACACACUAGGUAUUUUUGUACAGGUUUUCUAAAGUUUUCCCACUUCAGAGACAUGAGGGUAAAGAUACCUAGGAUUUACCAGCCACCUCUUUGCAAGGAAGAUUUUAAGCUGAGUUGACCUGUCGAUGGUUUGUGUGUAAGGGUUAGGGAGAUAGUGCUAUGACAUACUUUUAGAAAAACUUAAAGCUUUGUGCAUUAAGAGAUCUGCUCUUUAUGGAUAACCUCAACUAUUUGAUUGUAUGAUUAAAUUGAAAUUAAAGUAUAUAAUGUAUGCCCCCAAUUGAUUUUUCAGUAUUUUUAUUUUUUAAAAAAUGCAGUGCACGUGUGUAUAUAUGUCAGUGUGUUUAACAUGAAUGAUAAAAGAACAAUCUAUUAAGUUGGCGUAGUAUAUAUUUUACACAAAUGGACUGUUUAUUAACUUUUCUAAUGCUUCUAUAUUAUAUCUAAAAUAUAUCUAUGGUUGUUUAUUGGCAGCUCGAUCCUACUUUUAAAGGCUAAAUCAGUUUGUUCUGUGCAAUAGUUUCAAGAUAAUGUCAGCAGAGACAUCAUCUGCUUUUUAAGACUAUGCUUCCUACAGCAGGAAAGUCCUUCUCUUUUAAAGUACAAUAACUGGAUGAAUGUCUUUCAUUGCUUCUUCCUUUGUGUGAUAUUUCCAAUAAAGUGUUUACUCUAAACAUAUGCUCAAACUCAUGCAAACUCUUUUAUAUGUAUUUUAAAUAUAUGUAAUUACAUAUAGAACUAUCCCAAAGGUUUAACCUUGUAUCAUUAAUUUAAACCCAGCCUGGCUUACAGAGGUAGUUUUAUAGUGUCCAAAAUAAAAGAUGGGAUUGCUUUGUGUAA